AUUUAUAUAGUAAUCUAUAUUCGAUAUUUAUUACUUAUUUUUUGUUCUUUCUUUCUUUCUCCUUGGUCAAUGAUGAAGAACAUAUAUAUUGAUCUUCAUUCUUAAAAUCUAGUUAUGUAUUAAUGACGAGUAACGUUAUCUUUAAAAAUGGAUAAGGAAAUAGGAUUGACAUAAAAAGGAAAUAAUGCAUUAGUCAAUAUGCAUAAAUUUGUUGUAAAACAAGAAAAGGAAAAGAAGAUACUGUACAUUAUUAUCCAAAGUAUUAGAUAGGAAAUUACAUAUCUACCGUACUCAAUUUUAAAAAUACAGUUUCAAAGGGUAAAAUUGGUGAACUAUAGAAGUUUGGGUAUUAGUGCAUCAAUUCGGAAAUUUUGGGUGCAUUUGGAAAAUUUAAAUAGUAAUUUUGCCGUUAAAAAAAAAAAAAUAGUAAUUUUAAAAAGACGGCGUCGUUUAAGCCACACACGUCUCAGUCUUCAUCUUCUUUUCAUAACGGCCUGAGCUUGCAAACACCGGCGAGAAGAUUCUUAAUGAGGACCUGUGCUUACGAACGCGAGCGAGACAAGAACCUUAAAUUUGGCGUUGAAGGUUAGGGAUUUCUUAUAUUAAUCAAUCUUUUGGUACAGCAACAUCUCUGUGAGGCUCUUCUCUUCCUUGUUUCGAGAACCAAUGCAUUUGGGCGAGAAAGGGAUCUAAUUUUUAGGAUUUAUCAUUAGUUUGGUCGUGAUAUCGUGUAUCCCAAGUUCCUGGCGAGUUUAUAGUUUCUCUUAGGAUUUAGGGUUUAUGUGUCAUGUCAAGCUUGUUAUACUGCCGACGGUUUUGUCCGAUUAAUUCUGGAGACUCUGUGUCCAUUUCGCAAUUUCUCACUCAUAAGCUAAUAAGGUGUCUGCUGAGUAGAACAUUGUGUUCAGUAUCAGAAAGGAAAACAGAGGUUGCCAAAGAGAAGAGACCAUGGUUAAAGUCCUUUACUGUCUCAUAUCUCGUGAAUUCAUGUGGGUUGUCUUUGGAAUCUGCUAAGUCAAAGUCAAGAUUCGUAAAGUUGUCAUCUUCAGAAAGACCAGACUCUGUACUCACAUUGCUCAAGAACAGUGGCUUCACCAAUGAGCAGAUCAUCAGGGUUGUCAAAUCAUUCCCUACUAUUCUGAUUGUGAACCCAGAGACUGUACUCUUACCAAAGCUCAUGUUUUUCCGAUCAAUCGGGUUAUCGAGCUCUGAUACCGCGAAACUCAUCUCAAAUUGUCCCACAACACUGUCCCUUAGCUUGACUAACAGGCUGAUUCCUUGCUAUGAUUCCCUCAAGAGCAUACUCGGCGAGCAAGAAAAUGUCCUCAAAUGUUUGAGACGUGGAUAUUGGAUUUUCACAUUGGACACUACAAAGUACUUGGCUACACGGCUAUCUCUCUGUCGAGAUCUUGGAGUCCGGGACCAAAGCAUCAAAGCACUGGUCCAAAACGGUCCACUUGUGUUCUUCUGCUCCGAGAGAAAGUUCAACGAGGUCCUGAACAGAGUUCGCGAUUUUGGUUUUGACCCGAAAAAGAUGUAUUUCAUUCAUGCUAUGUUAGUUUUCUUUCAUGUUAGUGAAUUCACUGUGGAACACAAGUUUGGGCUGUACCAACAAUAUGGUUGGUCCAAAGACGAUUGCGUGGCAGCAUUCAUGAGAUUCCCAAACUGUGUGAAGAUAUCAGAUGGGAAGAUUACGGGAACCAUGGAUUACCUCGUAAACAAUGUGGGUCUCCCUCCUGGUGCCAUUGCUAUGCAACCUUUUGUUUUGGGUUUGAGCUUGGAGAAGAGAAUCAAACCAAGGAACAUGGUGAUCUCUGAGCUUCUUGCUAAAGGCUUGGUGACGAAAGAAGAUUUGAACUAUUUCCAGAUUCUUAAGAUUAAAGAUUGUGUGUUUGCGGAUAAGUUUGUUCUUAAAUUUCAGCAGGUUUCUGCUCUCCAGUCAUGCCUUUGACAGAAAAGAUACAUCAUCAAUUUUUGUUAUCUUAGUCUUUUUUUGUUGUUGUGAAUGAUGACAUUUACUACAUUGUCAUCUGUUUUUUGAUUGAUGCUGUGAAAAUCAUAAUGUUAAUCAUGUCAAAAAAAUUUACUUCUAAUGACACCAAAGCUUAUUAUCUUUAUGGAUUGUGUGCCUCUUCAGACUU